UCUGAUCCGCCCGGAAGGAGUCAGGAGCUGCCUUCCCUUUGGCCUCGGGGCCAAGGUCCACACGUCCGCGAGCAGCCCCGGGCGGCGGAGCGCGCGCACCGGCGCUGGGUCCGGGCAGAGCUCUCGCCGCGCUCGCGCUCGCUCGGCCAUGGGCGCCGCCGGCUCGUCGGCGCUGGCCCGCCUCGGCCUCCCCGCGCGGCCCCGGCCCGGCUGGCUGGGGGUGGCCGCGCUGGGACUGGCCGCCGUGGCGCUGGGGGCCGUGGCCUGGCGCCGCGCGAGGCCCCGGCGGCGCGGGCGGCUGCAGCAGGUGGGCACCGUGGCGCAGCUGUGGAUCUACCCGGUCAAGUCCUGCAAGGGGGUGCCGGUGAGCGCGGCCGAGUGCACGGCCAUGGGGCUGCGCAGCGGCCACCUGCGCGACAGGUUUUGGCUUGUGAUCAAUGAGAAUGGGAACAUGGUUACUGCUCGACAGGAACCUCGCCUGGUCCUGAUUUCCCUGACCUGUGAGGGUGACACCUUGACCCUCAGUGCACCCUACACGCAGGACCUGCAGCUGCCCCUCAAGACACCCCCCACAAAUCCGGUGCACAAGUGCAGAGUGCACAGCCUGGAGAUUGAGGGCAGGGACUGUGGCGAGGCUGCGGCCCAGUGGAUAACCAGAUUCCUGAAGACACAGCCCUUCCGCCUGGUGCACUUUGAGCCUCACAUGCGACCGAGAAAUUCUCACCAAGUAAAGGACGUGUUCCGGCCCACAGACCAGAUUGCUUACCCAGAUGCCAGCCCGUUCUUGAUCCUUUCUGAAGCAUCGUUGGCGGAUCUCAACUCCAGGCUAGAGAAGAAAGUUAAAGCCACUAACUUCAGGCCCAAUAUCGUAAUUUCAGGGUGUGGUGUCUUUGCAGAGGAUUCAUGGAAUGAGCUUCUUAUUGGUGACGUGGAACUGAAAAGGGUGAUGGCUUGUUCCAGGUGCAUUUUAACCACCGUGGAUCCAGACACCGGCAUCAUGGACAGGAAGGAGCCACUGGAGACCCUGAAGAGUUAUCGCCUCUGUGACCCUGCUGAACAAAAGUUAUAUGGAAAAUCACCUCUCUUUGGACAAUAUUUUGUUCUGGAAAACCCAGGGACAAUCCAAGUGGGAGACCCUGUGUACCUGCUGGGCCAGUAAUAGGAAUCCUAUGUCCUGGAGUAUCAGAUGCCUAAAAAAAAAUAUCCUCAAAAAGGCCAACACUUGAAGUGCAGUGUUUUGGAACUCACACUUCAGCAUUUUUUGUAGAUCUGUGAUCUCCAAGUUUUUCGUCCUUUGGACUUCCUUGCAUCUCAAUGUGUCGCAGUGCACAAAACAAAGAAAUAUAGUCUUGAUAACUUAAUAGGACUUCAGUAAGUCACUUAAAUGACAAGACAGGAUUCUGAAGAUCUCUUGUUUAACUAUGAGUGUGGAUGUAAAUAAUUCUUUCUCUUUCUCCAUUCACCUACCCAGAGGGCUAACCUACAUCAUCUCAUUACCACUUCUUAGGGAAAGAGAAGAGAAGAGAAAAAGGAAGAGUGGGCAAGGGAGAAGAAUGUUCUGGAAUGUUUUAUUACCUUGUGCAUGGGGCAUGCAAUGGAAAUUAAGUAGCUCCCCAAACAAGGCUGGAAUGUUACUUCCCUUUUCACCUCAAGCCCUAGACUAGCUUUUGAAAGGGCACAAAGAGCCUGACCCUCAGGAAACACUUCAGAUGUUAAUUUUCCAUCAAUCAGCUCAGAUCUGGCACUAUUGCCUCUCAGACAGCAUCCAUGAGGAUUUGAUGGAUCCUUUAUCGCACGCAGUGCCUCUGGGCUAUAGGGCAGCAGAAACGUCAAGGUAGAAAAUCAACUCCUGAGAGCAAUGUUGCUGUCAGACUGUGAGACGGAACAUGUGAAAAGCAAGACAGACAAAAACUUCCUUGCGGUGAAACAAAAUAUCAAAUAUAUCCCAUUUGUGAUCCAAAACUUUCCCCAAUGUAUGAGAGUGGACAGUAGCACUAGAGAGGGAAAGUUUGAUGUGGUCUGAGAUGCUGUUCAAUGGUGCGCAGGGAAAUGAUGGUGCCCUUCUUAAUAGCAGAGCAAAAAGAAACGAUCUUGAAAGGAGAUGAUGCCAUCUAGUGGUGUUAAAUGUCAGUUCAGCCCAUGCUGUCGAAAAGAUUGAAACCUAUGGUUGGGGUUUAGUUUUCUAUCCUAGAAAUUUUUUUUUUGAAAAAGCAGGUGGGGUAAUUUUCAGGAGCUCUCUGCUUCUCUGCCCAUAGGCCUUUGAUUUCCUAAAAGGGUAGCCGUACAGUCAUGAAGUCCUCCUAGAUCCUACUGGUCCCAUGAACUCGUGGCUGAGUGUUCCUCCUCAAAUUCAGGGUGAAAAGUUCUAAAGCCCAUGGAUGAGAAGAACUACGUGAUUGUGUGAUUUAAAAUAAACCACCGAAAACCUUUCAAAGAAGAAAAGGAAAACAUAUGUCAGUUCAUUUAAAAACCAACAUCUAAUUUUUCUACUGAUUUAAUGAUCUAAGAUUGGGCGAAGUAU